CAAGCGCUGGAGGACCCAGUAUGCCAUCAAGUGCUCCCCGUGCCUCCAGAAGGAAACCACCAGGUAGCUGAUGGCCUGCUUCCACAGAGGAAAGACUGAGGUAGAACAAGUUUUUGGUCUAGGAAGCUCAGAGGAAAGAUAUAAGCUGGGGUUGGGGUUGACUGUCCAGGUGCUUUUAAAUGAGCCCUGUGAUCUGAAUUUCUUCAGACUAGGCUCUUUCUCUGAACCUGAAGUAAAUAGGCAAACAAUGCCUGCUUGUUGGCAUCCCAAGAGAUCAAAGCUCUGAGGUGAGUUGCCUCUUUGAAGAAGCAGUCAAAAUGGAGAAGAUUAAGUUUCAACACAUCGUGUCCAUCUAUGGGGUCUGCAAGCAGCCCCUGGGUAUUGUGAUGGAGUUCAUGGCCAAUGGUUCCCUGGAGAAGACACUACCUACCCACAGCCUCUUCUGGCCCCUCAAGCUCCGCAUCAUCCAUGAGACCAGCUUGGCCAUGAACUUCCUCCACAGCAUCAAGCCACCCCUGCUCCACCUGGACCUUAAGCCAGGCAACAUCCUGCUGGACAACAACAUGCAUGUCAAGAUCUCAGAUUUUGGCCUGUCCAAGUGGAUGGAGCAGUCAACCCAGAAGCAGUCCAUUGAAAGAUCAGCUCUGAGGGGCACACUCAGCUACAUCCCUCCUGAAAUGUUCCUGGAGAAUAACAAAACUCCAGGGCCUGAAUAUGAUGUGUACAGCUUUGGGAUUGUCAUCUGGGAGAUUCUCACUCAGAAGAAACCCUAUGCAGGGCUCAAUAUGAUGACCAUUAUCAUCCGGGUAGCUGCAGGCAUGCGGCCCUCCUUGCAGGAAGUCUCUGCUGAGUGGCCAGAGGCCCAUCAGAUGGUGGACCUGAUGAAGCGCUGCUGGGACCAAGACCCCAAGAAGAGGCCAUGCUUCCUAAAUGUGACCAUUGAGACAGACAUGCUGCUGUCCCUGUUCCAGAGCCCUGUGGCAGACCCUGAGUGUGAAGCCCUGACCCGGAAGGUGUCUUGCAAGCCAUCGCUGAACCAGCCCCACAAGGUCAGCAAGGAGGUCAACCAGGAGCUCGUAGACAGUGCAGAUUCAGGUGACUCCUUGAAGUGGAUCCUACAGCUCUCUGACAGCAAGAGCUUGGUCCCAAGUGAUGUCUAUGAGAACAAGGUGACUCCCCUACACUUUCUAGUGGCCAGGGGCAGCUUGGAACAAGUGAGACUGCUGCUGUCCCAUGAGGUUGAAGUAGACUGUCAGACAGCCUCUGGAUGUACACCACUCCUCAUCGCCACCCAGGACCAGCAGCCUGACCUCUGUGCCCUGCUCCUGGCACACGGUGCUGAUACCAACCUGGCAGAUGAAGAUGGCUGGGCCCCACUGCAUUUUGCAGCCCAGAAUGGAGAUGACCACAUUGCCCGGCUGCUCCUGGACCAUGGGGCCCUGGUGAAUGCACAGGAGCACGAGGGCUGGACCCCACUCCACCUGGCUGCACAGAAUAACUUUGAGAAUGUGGCACGACUUCUGGUCUCCCGUCAGGCUGACCUCAGCCCACGUGAGGCUGAAGGCAAGACACCCCUCCAUGUUGCCGCCUACUUUGGCCACAUUGGCUUGGUCAAGCUGCUGACAGGACAGGGAGCUGAGCUGGAUGCUCAGCAGAGAAACCUGAGGACACCCCUGCACCUGGCAGUGGAGAGGGGAAAAGUGAGAGCCAUUCAGUGUCUGCUAAAACACAGGGCACUCCCCGAUGUGCUUGACCACAAUGGCUACAGCCCUCUGCACAUUGCUGCAGCCAGGGGCAAGUACCUUAUCUUUAAGAUGCUUCUCAGAUAUGGAGCCAGCCUUGAACUACGCACACAACAGCAAUGGACACCCCUGCACCUAGCAACUUAUAAAGGCCACCUGGAGAUUAUCCAUCUGUUGGCCAAGAGCCAUGCAGACCUAGAUGCCCUUGGAAGUAUGCAAUGGACUCCCCUGCACCUGGCUGCCUUCCGUGGGGAGGUGGGGGUGAUGCUGGCACUGCUGCAGUGUGGGGCCAACCCCAAUGUUGCUGAGCAGUCAGGCUGGACUCCUCUUCACCUGGCAGUGCAUAAGGGAACCUUCCUGGGUAUCGUCCACCUUCUGGAGCAUGGUGCUGACGUCCAUGCUUGCAACAAGAUUGGCUGGACACCUGCCCACCUGGCUGCUCUCAAGGGCAACACAACAAUCCUCAAAGUUCUAGUCAAAGCUGGUGCACAGCUUGAUGUCAAGGAUGGAGUUGGCUUCACACUCCUGAAACUGGCCCUCCUCCGCAGCCCAAAGCAGAGCAUAGUGGCUUGCUUGCAGGGCAAGGAGCCUUCACUAACCCUUCUGGAAGUUUCUGAGCCUGGACCCCAGAUAGAAGAUUAGGUAAACCAGGGUUCCUUCGCUUGGAAGGGGAGAGGCUUAUAAAAGUGAAACUUGUCAUCUUGGAGGCCACUUCCCACCUGCCCCUUUGACCUUGAGAGGAACCAGUGUCCUAGGUGACAGAAGGAACCCUAGGGGUUGCAGUGAGUUGGGGAAGCUACAGACUGCCUGGGAAACUGAUACUAGCUCCCCUCCAGUCAUCUCCAGACCAGCUGUGUUCUCCCUUUUCUUUACAUGAGCUCAUGUGUCCAAGACAAACUUCAUCUCCAGCCUCAAGACUUCUGCCACCAUUUGCUGCUUUCCUCUGAAUAAUGGAGCCCAAACUCCCAAAAUAAAGAAAAAGCCUCCAAAUGAAGAGAAAUGGCUCCACUCAUCUCCAAAUUGUAUUCUAGGUGCUGUACCUUAUGCUGAGAGAGGAGAGUUAGAUGCCUGCUUUACACAAGAACCAUACUCUUGGAGCUCAGAGAACAUAUCUCUUCACUGUUUGACUCAACCAUGCUUCUGUCACCAUAAUGACCAUAGCUUCUGCUGGCACUGGUCUCAGCUUCUGGUGUCCUAUACAUUCUCUUGAGAGUGUGGGGAGGAUGUUCCUAAACUGCAGCUGUGUGCUCAUCUACAGGAUGCCACUUCCCUGUCUCUAACCCCCACAUUUCUCUAUUAUAACCUGACUAGUAUAUGAGGCUCCCAACCCCGGAGCAAACAAAGCAGGUGAUCUAAUUCUUCCAGCUAGAUAUGGACCAGCUGGGUACCCUUGGAAGCCUGGGAGGUUAACAUGGCACAUAUGUGUCUGUGUGGUGACUGAUGCAUUUCAUUAUAUGUGUGCAUCACA